AUGAUUUCAAGUGCUCAAAGAAAAAGAAUUAUUGUUAUUAAGUUGUAUGUAACCGAAGUGAUCGUAGGCGAAGAUCCGAAUAUAAAUGCACUACUUGGUCCGGAUGCAUUCACUGCCCCGGGUAUAGGUGCAUUACCACGAAAGUGGAUGGAUGCACUACC